AAUCGUGUUCUCCAGUUGUCACUUUGAGCCAAUGAGAUUCGGAAGGGGAGGAGCUACUUCCUGGCUCAUCGUUCUGGCUUUAAGGAAGCAAAUGCAUUUUUCAGCAGUGUCAGUCGGAGUGAAGAUCUGUGAACAUGUCAAACACGGUAGCAGACAGAUGUGGAGGAAGUGUUGCUAAAGGCAACACAACACAAACAGACAGUGCGGCAUGCACGGAGAACCUAACGGAGACUGAUUUCUUCAUAAGGAGCUCUUUAGCUUUGGAUCCUGCCGAGGAGUACAAGAUGGACAACAAACAACGAGGCCUUGCACUCAUCUUUAACCAGGAGCGCUUCUUCUGGCGCUUGGGGUUAAAUGACAGGCAUGGAACCAACGCUGACCGCUACAAUCUGGAGAAAAGACUGAAGGAGCUAAACUUCGAAGUGAAAGCUUACGAUAACUACAAACAGGAGGAAGUCUUAAAUAAAAUCAGUGAAGCCGCAGAAGCCAACCAUUCAGAUGCAGACUGCUUUUUGCUCGUCUUCCUGAGCCACGGCGAGAACGAUCACGUUUACACCUACGAUGGCAAGAUCAGCAUUCAGGAUAUCACCUCCCUGUUCAAAGGAGACAAGUGCAAGAGCCUCGUAGGCAAGCCAAAGAUCUUUAUAUUACAGGCAUGCCGCGGAGACAAGCACGACAAUCCAGUGACUGCCUGUGAUGUCGUGGACAGUGAGCUGAAGACGAAUGAGGUGGUGGUGGACGCUAGCGCCGUACACACCCUGCCUGCUGGGGCUGAUUUCAUCAUGUGCUACUCUGUGGCUGAAGGGUACUAUUCUCACCGGGAGACCAUCAACGGCUCCUGGUAUGUCCAGGACCUGUGUCAGCUGCUUCAAAUGUAUGGAGACUCCCUUGAGUUCACAGAAUUACUGACACUGGUCAACAGGAAAGUGUCGAUGAGGAGUGUUGGGAACAGUAUCGACUUGAACGCCAUUGGGAAGAAGCAAGUACCUUGCUUUGCUUCAAUGCUCACCAAGAAACUCUACCUUCGACCAAAAAAGUAACCGUUUAUAAAAGCUCAAUCAUAAAAUGAGCUGGUUUUAUACCUGGGAAACAGGGACUGGGAGAUUUUAAAGAAUGUUGGUGUUUUUCUUUAGUCCUCCACUCUAUUUUUGCUCAAACUUUAUUCACAUAUGCAUUGAAUCAUCAGUCAAAUGGCAGCCGUAGUAUUUUCAGUGAAAUCAGUGGUUAUAAAAUAACAGGAACAACUUGUAUUCACGUUUAUCAGUGUUUUAAGCCCCCAACAUCUCCUUCCAAGCAGCGAUGCCUGGAAGGCACUAGGAUUAGGCUCUGGUUAUGGUUAGGUUAGGGUUAAAACACAACGCCCGGGAUGGGCGCUGUGAGGGGCACGGGCACAAGGGGACUUCUUAAGGUUAGGGUUAGGUGCCUUGAAGUCAGUGGUCGCAGCGCUGCCUGGAAGGAGACUUUUCUGGCCUCAGGCCAUCACUCUACUUCCGAAACCUAAUGCCAUGCAUUUAUCAUGUAAAGUUUCUUCUGGAGAAACCAGAUUUCUUGGCUGGGUUUAACCCUGACCUGGUUUAUAAAGAGCUUUCAGUAUUUUGCAUUUGCAUGACAGAGAAUCAAAAGAGGGAAAGUAUCUGUAGAGGGUGAAGGAGAAAUCUGAUACUUGAUUGUCUGUAAAAAUCAAUUAAUUCAUCGAUCAACUGUAAACUAUGCUGCCUCUAUUUCUCACAACUCAAUCUUUUUCAUUUCCAAUACUAAUUUGCCCCCCAAAGUCCAAUGUAAGGGUGAUUUUAUAUUCCUGAAUCUAACUAAUUUAUAAAACUAUAAUGUGAUUUCUUUGCUUAUAUAUGACAGAAAUAUGUUGGCUCAAAUCAAGGGUAGUUUCUGAGACCAUGAUGUAUGGUCUUGUUGUAUUCGAGUGCAUUAUGUUUUAAGGUAUUCCUAUUAAUUUGUCCAACCAUUGUAAAUCAGUAGACAUUUUGCACUUUCACAAAAUUGCUUUUAAACUUCAGGAAUAUUAUGGGCCACGUUGUGGUGUUCUUGUCUUAGCAAUUUGUCACAUUUUGCUUGCUUCUUUAAUCCUGUUUAAACUACUGUAGCACCACACAAAUGUUGCCUUAUCUGAAAGCUUUCCUCAGACUCUGAGGAUGCUGGAAAUUUAAGAUGAGACAUGUGACAUAACAGCAUGACAGCCAGGUCAUUCAUGAUUUCGGUCACAUCAGGGUUUUUAUACAUUAUUAUCUCUCUAUAUGCACCUAGUGAUAUCUCUCAUCUCCGGGUGCCACAUAAACACGCUGUUUGUCUUCAAACUCAUUCCAUCAAAAAGGGAAUUUAUGUUUGUGCAGUUCUUUGUGUUGUAGCAGUUUACAGUACUACAUUUAAUAAUGCUUAUUUGCACCCAACAUGGCAACAAACACCUGUGUGGAAAGAACCUCAGGGAGGAGGCUGUACUGUGGACCUGUAACACAUGAUCUAUGACUCAGGAAAAACAAAGUUACCAGCAUACAUUGAUCCUGUAUUUUUGUGGUCUUACUGUUGUGACUGUAUAAUAAAAUCAGUGGGACAUUUUAGUUCCUCCCGUUACAGUGA